AUGUGGAGCGGCUGGUCCCCGCCGUCGGAGCCCGUGCUCCACGCCGUGAGGCUGCCGGAGCCGCACACGGGCGACGCCCUCGUCCUCAACUUGGAUGAGGACUGCGCGGAGGGCCGCGUACACCUGCGCUGGCAGCCCUUCCGCACCGCGGCAGGUCUGGAACGGCUCGAGUACAAGAUCUUUGCGGUGGCAGAGGGCCUGCUCGCCCAGGGCGACGGCUGCGACAUCUGCGAGGCUGGCUGCGUCACCGUGGUGCACCCCAUGGCGCCGCCCAGCUGCGUGCAGUGGUCGGGCGUCAGCGGGAUGCCACCAGGCGUGGCCUACCGGUUCUUCGUCUGCGCGCGCUACAUCUCGCUCCCAUUGGAGGCGCUCGCGCCCCCGCCGGAGGGCGGCCCGCGGCGGGGCCCUGCGCGCUUCGGGGUGGGGCCCUUCCAGGCCGGCCUGUGGUCAGCACCCGUGCUGCCCAGCGUCACGUCGCAGCAGGCGCCC